GAUAAGUUUGUUUAAUUUAUCCAAUUUGCAAUAUUUAAUUACACAAUUUGUCAUAAGUGCUUCAUCUUCCUCAUUUAUUCCGUUCCCCCCAUCUCAUUUCUAUUCAUUUUCCUUUCUAAUACAUACUUAUAACCGUAUAAACCAAUACACAUAUAAUUUCUGUAUCUAUAUUCACUACGACUGUAGCUAUGUCGAUUGCAUUAGAGAGGAAUGACAUGGCUGAUAAUCGGUUUAAACGGCCGGGAUUCGUCAAUGGAAUGGCGUGUUUUCCGAUUUAUAAGUCGCCGGAAUUUGGCGCCGGAGAUCGGUGUGCCCUGGCGAAGCAGGAGGAUGAAGAGGAGGAUGAUCGGACUACUUCAUCGUCGUCGUCUUCUUCAAUUGGGAGAAAUAGUGAUGAGUCGCCGGCCGGAAGGUCGUUAUCGGACGGCGGCGACGGUGAUGGUGACGGUGAGGAAGUUCUGAGUGCAUUUAAGCCUGGAGGUUUGGAUAAUUUGGAGGCCUUGGAAGAGGUUUUGCCGAUAAAGAGAAGCAUAUCACAGUUUUAUGCUGGCAAAUCGAAGUCUUUUACCAGUCUAGCAGAGGCUGCAUCAUGUUCCUCCCUUAAAGAUAUUGUAAAGCAGGAUGAUGCAUACACGAAGAAACGCAAGAACCUGCUCGCUCACAAUUAUUUCUUCGACAAGAAUUGCGAUCACUUCCCCAGAAGUAGUGCUGUUGGGAGGAUGUAUAAGAGAGCAACCAACUCUAGAAGCUCAUUUGCUCUUGCUGCAACUGCGAGCUGCUCUGAGAGCAAUAACAAUUCCAAGUCAUUGAACUCAAGCCCAUCAUCCCCUUGUCUCUCGCUUCCUCCUCUGCCUCCACAAUCGAGAAGAUAUAGCAAUGAGGUAUCAUUACCCCAUUCGGAACAGAAGUUCAGUGCAUGGAGGUCGUUUUCCUUAUCUGAUCUGCGAGGUGCUGCUGCUGCAAUUCCCAACAUAACUGGCAUAAAAGAAUAGAGAAGAUAAUUGAACUUGGUCUUUGUUUUGGCGUCACCGUAUGAGCCCAAAUACAAAUAGGUUUACAUGGAGGUUGGCUUAGUUUUGUAAGGUGUUUUAGGCUUUGUCUUGCACUUUUGCCUUCUGUAAUCAUUCUUUUAGGCAUAUUAAAUCAGGCAUCUUAAGAAGGUAAUUACUUCUGUACACUUUUAACAUUUGGGUUUUCCCAGCUUCAUAUUGUAUAUUUCAGUGCAUUUUCAGUUUCAAUCUAGAAAUUUGCUUGUAGAUGUUCU